AUGACCCGUUCUCUCCUCCUUGUAGCCGUUGCUAUUAUCCUUUCAGUGGAGGCACGUGGACCACGUGUCACCGACAAAGUCUACUUUGACAUGACAAUCGGAGGACGUCCAGUUGGAAAAAUUGUCAUCGGACUAUUCGGAGAAGUUGUGCCAAAAACUGUAAAGAAUUUCGUCGAGUUGGCACAGAGACCAGAGGGAGAAGGCUACGUCGGAAGCAAAUUCCAUCGUGUCAUCGAAAACUUCAUGAUUCAAGGAGGAGAUUUCACACGUGGCGACGGAACUGGAGGUCGAUCCAUCUAUGGUGACCGUUUCGAGGAUGAGAACUUUGAUCUGUCCCAUUACGGACCAGGAUGGUUGUCAAUGGCCAAUGCUGGAGAGGAUACCAAUGGAUCUCAAUUCUUCAUCACCACCGCCAAGACUUCAUGGCUUGAUGGAAAGCAUGUGGUAUUCGGAAAGAUCUUGGAAGGAAUGGAUGUGGUUAGAGAGAUCGAGGCAACACCAAAAGGAGCUGGAGACAGACCAAUUGAGGAUGUAGUGAUCUCAGAGGCUGGACAUAUUCCAGUUGAGAACCCAUUCACUGUUACCAGAAAGGGUGUUAAUUAA